CCGUGUGGGCGGAGAAACCCGGUCCCACCCACCCCGCGGCUACCGUGAUCCCCACCGCCCCCUGGGGACCCGCGGCGCCCCGGAGGACCCACGAGUGAUCGGGUUCGACGCAUGGCUGUGGGUGUGAGCCAUGGACGCCUUCAUCCGCUUCGCCAACCAGAGCCAGGGCCGGGACCGGCUUUUCAGAGCCACUCAGCACGCAUGCAUGUUGCUUAGAUAUCUGUUAGAGUCUAAAGCUGACAAAGAGGCGGUGGUAAUGAAACUCAAGAGUCUGGAGUCCAGUGUGAGCACUGGCCGUAAAUGGUUCAGACUAGGCAACGUGGUCCACGCCAUCCAGGCAACUGAACAGAGCAUCCGAGUCACAGACCUCGUGCCCCGCGUCUGCCUUACGCUAGCCAAUCUGAACCGUGUGAUUUAUUACGUCUGUGACACUGUCCUCUGGGUGAAGAGUGUGGGUCUCACCUCUGGAGUCAACAGAGAGAAAUGGCAGACAUGGGCGGCCCGCCACUACUACUACUUCCUCCUGCUGAGCCUGGUCCGGGAUCUGUAUGAGAUCUUGCUGCAGAUGGAUCGGGUUGCCCGGGACAGGGCCAAGAGGGAGAAAUCAUCCCGGGCCCCUCCUGGGCACAGUGUGGUCAACGAAGAAACCGAAUGGCUCCAGUCCUUUCUCCUGCUCUUAUUCCGAUCCCUGAAGCGGCAUCCUCCCUUGCUCCUAGACACGGUGAAGAACUUCUGUGACAUCCUCAUCCCUUUGAACCAGCUCGGGAUCUACAAGUCCAAUCUUGGCAUCGUAGGACUUGGAGGUCUCGUGUCCUCUGUGGCCGGCCUCAUCACUGUAGUGUAUCCUCAGCUGAAACUGAAGACCCGAUAGUCUCUGGAGGCUUUAAAGCUGACAGCUUAGUGGAAUGAGCAUCGGGUUUUGUCACAGGGUCUUACUAGGCUUAAGUUUUUAAUCAUGUGAGUAUCUUAUCAACUUGUAAUGUGAGAAGUGGGACCAAUAAUGGACCAUGCACACUGAUAAUUUUUUUUUUUUCCCGAGACAGGGUUUCUCUGUGUAGUUUUGGUGCCUGUCCUGGAUCUCGCUGUGUAGCCCAGGCUGGCCUCAAACUCACAGAGAUCCACCUGGCUCAGCUUCCCGAGUGCUGGGAUUAAAGGUGUGCGCCACCACCAGCCCGGCUGAUAAUGUUUUUUAAAUGCUGCAGUGACUUCUGAAUUUCUGAUUAUUUUCCCUUCAGCUAACAUUACUGGGUAUUUUUUAUAGCCAUAGUAAGCACUUAGUGUUUGCUGAGUGAUAAAAAUGGAAAGGAAAGAAAUCAUAGAAGACCCAGAGAAACUGGAAUUGUGGAUGGGGUUGUGUGUGGGGGUCCUGGAUUUCAGCCAGUACAUCCGAGCUGGAGCACAGCGUUCCUGGCUCUGGUUGAGGCCCCCCUUCUCUCCCGUUGGUUCUUAUGCCCCAUCCCCACAGUGCUGGGCUGGAGGGGAGCUGGGCUGAGAGCCUCCUCACGUGUUGACCCUGGCCAUUGCCGCAGCGGGUCCUUACUGUGCCCAGGGGUUGCUCAGAGAGCAUCAGCACCUCUGUGGUGUAAGUUGCGUCUGGGUGGAAGCCUCUGUGAUACUGUGAGUAAGCAAGGGUGAAAGCGGGUGAGAGGUCACUGUGGUGCCUGUCACUCAGUCCACAGCUGAUAAGGAAAUUGAUGCUAACCAAGCUGAGGUCAGGGACAGGCUGAGUCUUUCCAAGAUGACUCCUCUGUACCAUCUCAUGACCUUUGCCUUUUUGCCCCCUAACACUCUCCCACACCAGGCCCGGAACUUUAAUUGAGGGUUCCUGUUCUAGUCUGUGAAGAUCAAAACAAUCUAGACUUAACCCGGGUUGAUUUUAUUUAAAGCUACGUAACAGUUUGGACAAUUCCACAAUAAUCUGCAUCAAGAGAAGAGAAUUAAAGUGUUCCUGUCUAUGAAUGUAAGAAUGUCAGUUCUCUGUGAUGGAUCAGGUUUACUCAGGGCAGCAGGAGGGAUGGGGAAGAGCGGUAGGACCCAGUCAGUGGCAUUUGUCUGUGCUUGCUCUUCCCAUUUCUGUUCCUGUUGGAGCUUGGUGAGUGUGAGGUGUGUGGCGUGGGGGAGGGGCCAGUCCGCACCUGUAAAGCCAUAUGUAUCAUUUACGUGGAAAUGAGAACUGUGCAGUGAUUAACUGCUUCCCAUAAAUGUGAUGGAAAUUCCUGAGAAGGACUCCGGUCCUUGGCACUCUCUUUGUAAAGUGAUAUGUGAUCUGAGAAAACUUUGGGCCAUUCUGAGAGAAACUAAAGUGGCUAAAACCAGACAAAUAUGCGUAAAUAACUGUUUGUACGGUAACACGUCAGUUAUGUCUAAUAAAUUUCUAAACAAAAAUCGA